AUGACUACAUCCUCCGACAUACGGAACAAGAUUUUUAAAGAUAACAUCACCAGGCGGAUUGUCAUCAAAGUUAGCACGAAAGCUCUGAACCCUGAAGACUACCGUACUUCUUCGUACGACAUCGCUAGCCAAGUGUUUCCAGACUGGCCCAGCAACCCUCAAAUACUGGUUCUCGCAAUUGAUGUAUGGAGCAAGCGCACCUUCAUCGUCAUUGACAUCAACAACUCUGCCUAUGACUUUCAUACCGCACACAAAACCACGACUCCUUUCCCUGUCUAUGUGCUUCGAGAGGAUAAAAGAAAGCAAGGCUGCUGGGCUCUAGUCAGAUGGCAUGCUGAGGAUGAACUUCUAAGCAAAAGACUUGCCGACCUUCACAAUUUUAGCGGAUUUGAUGUUACCCCGCCUCUUCUGGAAGAUCAUACCUCAAGAAUCGUUCACGAAAGCCCACGCUGGUUGAAACAGGAUUGA